AUGACGCUCUCCCAGAAGAGACCGUGCAGACAAACCAAGCCCCCACGGACGGACGUACAGACAAACCAAGCCCCCACGGACGGACGUACAGACAAACCAAGCCCCCACGGACGGACGUACAGACAAACCAAGCCCCCACGGACGGACGUACAGACAAACCAAGCCCCCACGGACGGACGUACAGACAAACCAAGCCCCCACGGACGGACGUACAGACAAACCAAGCCCCCACGGACGGACGUACAGACAAACCAAGCCCCCACGGACGGACGUACAGACAAACCAAGCCCCCACGGACGGACGUACAGACAAACCAAGCCCCCACGGACGGACGUACAGAUUCCACGCCUGGUGACACUCUGGCCACUCUCCCGUCCCAUCGGCACCAUGUUCUGGUCUCAGGGUGUAGCUGCCCCUCUGGUGCUGGUGUUGAAUCCUCUCUUCCUAGUGUUGCUGCUGCAACAGCAGGUAGCUGAGGCUGAGGUCUGGGCUGAGGAUGAGGUCUGGGCUGAGGCCGAGAUAGGGGCUGAAGCUGGGGUUGGGGCUGGGGUCUGGGCUGAUGCUGGGGUCGGGGCUGUGGCCGGGGCUGAGGCCACGGUUGGGGACUGGGUUGAUGCUGGAGUUGGGGCUGAGGCCAAGGUCGGGGCUGGAGUCGGGGGCGAGGCUGGGGUUGGGGGUGAAGCUGGGGUCGGGGGUGAAGCCGUGGCUGAGGCUGGGGUCAGGGUUGAGGCUGGGGUCGGGGCUGUGGUUGGGGCUAAGGCUGGGGUCGGGGCUGGGGUCAAGGCUAAGGCUGAGGUCGUAGCCGGGGCUGGGGCUGAGGCUGUGACUGAGGCUGGGGUCGGGGCUGAAGCUGGGGUCGGGCGUGAAGCUGGGGUCGGGGGUGAAGCUGGGGUCGGGGAUGAAGCUGGGGUCGGGGCUGAAGCUGGGGUCGGGGCUAAAGCUGGGGUCGGGGGUGAAGCUGGGGUCGGGGGUGAAGCCGUGGCUGAGGCUGGGGUCGGGGUUGAGGUCGGGGCUGUGGUCGGGGCUAAGGCUGGGGUCAGGGUUGGGGCUGAGGCUGGGGUCGGGGAUGAGGCCGGACCUGGGGCUGAUGCCAGUUUUGGGACUUGUUUAGCUGGGGUCGGGGCUAGUGAGGCCGGGGAUGUGGCUGAGGUCGGGGCUAGUGAGGCUGAGGACGAGGUCAGCAGCUGUCCCAAGGGAUGCCUGUGUUGCUCCGACAUCUUCAGCUGCGCCGACCAGGGUCUGAAGGCGCUGCCCUCCGAGCUGCACGCAUACAUCAUCACCCUAGACCUCAACCACAACCACCUGACUGAGUUGAAGGAGGGAAGCUUUGCCACACUGCCCCGUCUGGAGUCCCUCCGCCUAGCUCACAACCGGCUGAAAUGCCUCGAGGCCGGAACCUUCCGGAACAGCAGCUCGCUACGGCAACUGGACCUGUCGUCCAAUCAGCUAGACAAAGUGGAGGUGCACUACUUCCUGGAGCUGACAGGAUUGGAGGAGCUGCUGCUCUUCAACAACCGCAUCGUUCGGGUGGAGAGCAAGGCCCUGGCUGCGCUCGGCAACCUGCGCAAGGCCUACAUCAGCCACAACCACCUCACGGACUUCCCAUUCUUCUCCAUCCAGGAGGACAGCCACCCCUUCCUGGCCACUAUGGACCUGUCCUCCAACAGCAUGUCCAAACUCCCCCUGGUGGACAUCGAGACCCUGCCGGCGGCCUUGCAGAGCGGACUCUUCCUCCAUAACAACACCCUGAUCUGCGAGUGCGAAAUGUACAACAUGUUCCGGCGUUGGGAACUGAAGGGAUUCACCUCCAUCAGGGAUUUUCGUGAGGAGUACACCUGCCUGGUGUAUGGGGAACGCAAGGCCUCCGUUAAGUUUUUCCAGCACAGACGCUUCUUUGAACUGAACUUAAACUGCAGUUCGGCGGUGGCUGGAGUUGUCAGGGAGCCUGAGGGCAGCCUGUUGGUGUACGAAGGAGACGGCGUGGUUCUGGACUGUCACACCACGCUCAGAGGACAGCACCUGACCUACCUGUGGGUGUCGCCUCACCAUGGAGCCGGUGCUCCACCGGAGAACAACGGCACUCUCCGCAUGCACGCCAACGGCAGCCUGGAGAUCGUAUCAGCGCAGGCUGAGGACUCCGGCGUGUACUGGUGCAAGGUCUUUGACACAGUCAAGAGGAACGAGUCAUGGGAGGUCAACGUGACAGUGUUGAUGCGGCACGACGAGGCCGAGCCUUUCAACACGGGGUUUACGACCCUCAUAGGGUGCGUGACGACCCUCGUCCUGGUCCUCAUGUACCUCUACCUGACCCCCUGCCACUGUUGGUGCUGCAAGCAGCCCCCGCCGCCGGGUACCCCCAGCCAAGCCAACGACCAGUGCAGCGCCCAGUCCUCGAUCCUGACCCCCCCCCCACCCACCACCACUGAGGGCCCAGGCCGCAAGAUGUGUCAAUCUACCUUUACUAUCACCGAUCAGACUCCUCGUCUGGGAGCAUGGAACAAUCUUCCAUCACCACGGUAACAUCAGACGGCAGGGCAACCGACAGAGGCAGACUCCGGAUGAUGUCACAAAAACAACAACAACCGAUUUCCUGAAAAAGAGAAGAAGUUUAAAGUCCUUAAAGUAGGACUGAAUAGUCUUCUAUAACCAGCUUCAACAAAUACCACUGUCUCCCGUAUAGGCACAGAGCGGUUCCUCCGUACACCACAAAUAAGAGCCAACUACCUAUGCACGUCUCACUCAAUCACUGUGAAUUGUAAUGCUUUUAAUGGAGCCACAAGGCCAAAGAUAUCAGUAUUAUUAGGCUCUCGGUGAUGAAGAGGACAAUGAAUGAUAUUAGCAAUCAUUUGAAACAUUAUGUACUGUAGAUAAUGAAAGUAGUCUUGAGUAACACAGUAUAGAAUGACUGACCUAUAGUAGCGCAGUAUUAUUUGUAGAUUAUUUAGUGUAGAUUAAUUGUAUAUUAUUUAGUGUAAAUUAUUUGGAGAUUA